CCACAGGGUUUGGGAAGCUCAAAUGCGGACCCUACGAUUGGAUCUUGGUUUUACGGAAGUAGCAGGUGAGUAGUUCUUGUGAGUUUUGUUAGGCAUUGAAUGUCAAUGAAAAGAAGAAGUUGAACUUGUCUGUUGUUGUAUCGAAAGAAAAUGUAGUAGGACGGACUACCGCUGGCGACCCUGACUGACAAAUAUAGUCGUGAGAGUUACUCGAGAAGAACACAACGUUUUGUUGACCAAUAGACCAGUAGUGGACUUGGGGAACAAAAUAUCAACAGCUGUAAAGAAAUUCCACCAAUUGUCCCUAGAAGUGGUUCGGAAAAUGGCCUUUGUAGAGGCUAUUCUCAGGACCACGGAUUUUUAGACCACUAGAAAAUGUGUGUAUAAUUACCUGUAGAGAUGAAAAGAUACUAGUACAGAAGAAACAAAAUAUUAAGAACGCAAAGAGACUUUUCUUAUUUCUCAGAUUGAAAAUUCUAAUUCAUCCCUCCUGGUCGUGUGUAUGUGCGUAAAGUUCUUGAACCUUGUUCUUGAAUCAUCUGCAUUUGAUAAUGCUAGCUGAGUAGAGACGAGGACCCAUGAAGAAUAGCGGAUUCUUACACACACAAAACGCCUUACGAUGUAGGUUUCAGCCUAUUGGGUUUAGGGUGCAUCAUUAUACCCGAGG